AUUUCAACAGGAUACGUUACUAUCGCGGAAAAAUUUGAGGCUUGAAGCUAUACCGUAUUUCAAGGUCAGACCAGCGAACGCUCAUGAGCUGAUUGUGGCAGGUUCUUUUGAGGUGGGUUCAUAUUUCUUAGUUUAUGUCUCCAAAUCAAGUAUACAGAUAAUAAUAAUUUACAGUCUUAUUCAACAAUGAACUCAGGAUGAACUUUAGUGCCCUAUUUGCAAAUAUAAAAAAUUCAGAAUGCCCAUUGUCUCUUCUGAAGAGCUAUGUAAAUGAUGGCGUUGUCCUAAAGGACUUCAACAAAUGCGAGGAAAUUGGUUCACUCGUUUGCUUUCUCGUGUCUAAAACAUAUGGGCUUGGCCUCAAGAUACUCCUUGACUGUGGUUUGGAUAUGUCUGCUAGUCAUCACAUUACUGGAGACACACCAUUGAUCAUCCUGUGCAACGAAGGUUUAUGUGGUGCAACGAAACAACUAAUUGAUAAAUUAGAACCGGCUAGUCUAUUUCAUUCCAACGUCAUUGGAUUAACAGCUAUAACACAAUUGCUCUGUCGCGCUCACGGGGCUUGCAGCUGCUUAGAAAGUCUUCUUUCACAUCUGUGCCUUUGCAGUGCUCUUUUGCCAGUUGACCUGCGUAUGAACAGUCAUACACGCAGCAUGAGUAGUAUGGGACUUUUACAUUCAGAACCCUUAGUUGAAAAUGAUGAAGGAAGUCAGGUGUUAUUCACUGUUGAUCAGCUACUGGGACGCAUUAAGUCAGAUAAUAGUGAGCGUAUCAUCUCUGUAUUACAACUGUGGAUAAAAGCAAAUCUUCUGCGUUUAACGUACACAACUGGAGACAGUUCUAUGCAGAAUGAACAAUUAACAUGCAACACAAAUGUUUUGGGAGAAAGGCUUCUUAGACCUUUGCUGUCAUGUGUUUUUUAUUCAAACAACAUUGGAUCCAUAAUGAAUAAACUUGAAAUAUUGAUUUGUCAAUUGCUCAUCUUAGGUCAGUUACAUGGAUGCCUUUUAAUUGAUAGUAUAACUCAGUCAAAUCCAGUAGACUCGAAAAAUCAAUACUUGAAUAACAUCUUAGAAUAUAUACGAUGCCAUCUGAAUGCACCACUAAACUUAAGACUUCUAGGGAUACGUGCAAUCCGUCGAAUUUUACAGUACCGUUUUAUAUUAAUUUGCCAGAUGACUGAUAAGUAUAAUUCGCUGAUAAAUGAAAAUGCACUUUCGUUUGUAACAUGGGUUGAUCAAUUACCUUUACCAAAUAUUAUCAAACAACAUAUUCUUUUAAAUCCAAUGACCUUAAGAACUAGUUGAACAAACAACUUUGUCCUUAUUUUUUUCUUUGGUUCGUGCAUUUAUUUUCGAUUUUUUAAAACUUAUUAUUAAGUAAAGAAGGUUUUUAUGUUUUCGAUAAAAAUGCAAUAGACAUAUGUACAGAAUAAAAUUGAAAUAAAUUUAUGUUCUGGUGUU